AUGGAUGUCUCUUCUUUGGCCUCUCCUCAGGGGGGAUACGAUGUGUUCCCAAGCUUCAGAGGUCUAGACGUCCGUCAAACUUUUCUCAGCCACUUGCUUAAGGAAUUUGAGCGCAAGGGAAUCAAUACUUUCAAAGAUAGUCAGAUCAAGAGAGGCAAAUACAUCAGUCCUGAGCUCAAACAAGCUAUAAGAGAAUCAAGAAUCUGCCUCAUCAUCCUCUCUAAGAACUACGCAUCUUCAAGCUGGACACUGGGAGAGUUAGUUGAGAUCUUGGAGUCUAGGAAAGCUUCUGGUAAAACGGUAAUGACAGUUUUCUAUGACAUUGACCCGUCUCAUGUAAGAAAACAGAGCGGGGAAUUUGGAAUGGCAUUUAGAAAGACUUGUGAGAGAAAGACAGAACAUCAGAAGCAGAGAUGGAAGCAAGCUUUGACCAAUGUUGCAAGCAUACUCGGAGAAGAUUCACAUAAGUGGAGCCAAAGAUUCUCUCUUCUCAGGGACAAUGAAGCAGAUAUGAUCUCAAAGAUUGCCAAAGAUGUUUCUAACGAGUUGAACUUCACACCAUCAAGGGACUUUGAUUAUUUAGUUGGAAUUGAAGCUCACCUAGCCAAGAUGACUUCACUGUUAUGCCUAGAAUCAGAUGAAACAAGGGUGGUUGGGAUUUGGGGGCCCUUGGGGAUCGGCAAAACAACAAUUGCAAGAGCCAUAUACAAUCAGAUUUCAAGAAGCUUCCAGCGCAGUCUCUUUAUGGAUAAUGUCAAGAGAAGUUACAGAAGUGGUGGUGACUCUGACGAUUAUACUUUAAGGCUGAGGUUGCAAAGAGAGUUUCUUUCCAAGAUCUUAGACCAUAAGGAUAUGGAGAUACACCAUUUAGGUACAGCUCAACAAAGGUUGAAGUACCAGAAAGUUCUUGUUGUUCUUGACAAUGUUGAUAAGCUAGAGCAACUACAAGCUUUGGCGAAUGGACCUCCCUGGUUUGGUAAAGGAAGUAGGAUCAUCGUGACGACAGACAAUAAACAUCUCUUGGAAGCACAUAAGAUCAAGCAUAUAUAUGAAGUGAAAUUCCCAUCUAAAGAUGAAGCUCUGAAGAUUUUCUCUCAGUCUGCUUUUACACAAAAUGCUCCCCCAGAGGGUUAUCUGAACCUUGCAGUUGAAGUAACGGAGCUAACUAGUCAUCUUCCAUUAGGCCUAUGUGUUCUUGGCAAAGCAUUGUGCGGGGAGAGCGUGAGCAUGUGGACUGAUCAACUACCUAGGAUCAAAACCAGUCUCAAUAGGGACAUUGAACAAGUCCUAAUAGUUGGUUACAAUGGAUUAGAUGAUAAAGACAAAACUAUAUUUCUCCACAUUGCGUGUUUGUUUGAAGGCAAAAGAGUUGAUUGUGUGACACAGUUUCUUGGAAACAGUGGUCUAGAUAUCAAAUAUGGACUUGGUGUUCUUGUCGAAAGAGCUCUCAUUAGUAUACUGAGUGACAAGCUUAUUAUAAUGCACCGUUUGCUAAGACAGAUGGGCAGAGAGAUUGUUCGUAAACACUCUAUUCAGUUGUCUAUGAGAUGCCGGUUCUUGAUGGGUGCUUGCUACAUGUACCAUGUUGUUGCUAAUAAUAUUGGCACUGGAGCUGUGUUAGGCACAACCAAAGUCAGCCUCACAAAUGAGAAAGCCCUAAGCGGCAUGCAUGAUCACCAAUGUAUAAGAUUUUGCAGACAUAUGGUGGAUAAGGGGAGCAAAUUGGCCAAACUAGUCUGGGAUGGAAUCAGUGUCUUGGUUUUGUCCAUGUUUUGGCUCCUUAGGUGUGCCUUUCUUUCCAUCAUGAGUAUGCCCACUGCUGCAUUUGAACAUCCGUUUUGGAAACUCAAGAAGAGACUUUCCCAUCUGAAACCCAGCAAAGAGGUGAACUGCUGUGUGGACGUUGCAAGGAGCUAG